GAGUUGCGGCAGCAACUGUGAAAAAAAAAGUCAGACAGCAGACAGUGGCAGUAGCGCUUUAGUUAUAGCACCUAUAAUCAGAUGGGUACUAAAUACCGAUAUUGUACAGCCGGGCUGUAUAUUUUCACGGGGUCCAAAAUAAUUUAAUCCGAUGAAAACUUUAGCGAAAGUGCUAAAGGCAUUGUACCGCUUAAGGGGAUUCAGUCUGCGGCAAGAAACUGGUACUUUAUCCCUAGGCUGCGAAAGGCCAGUAAAGGCCUGUAAGUCUGGUAACUCCAGAUACGGGGAUAUUUAGGUGGCUUUAUCGAAAGAAGUGUUUUAAAAACGUAAAUCGUAUGCUCGUGAUUUGUCAAGUUUAGGUUUGCAACGUUAUUGUUGCAUUGGACAGUUGAGGUGUGUGCCACUUCGAGUUGAGCCGUCAUAGUUUUAGUGUUUACAUUUCUUUUUAAUAAACUUUUUAGAUUUCCUGACUUAUUUAUGUAAUAUAUGUGUAUGUAAAAAUAUAUAUUUUUAUGUAUAUACUUAUAAGUUGAUGCCUAUUAGUCGGUUGUUUAUUAUCUUUUGAUGAGCACUCAUUUAGCUUGAGUGGCAAUGUCUGCCCCAUCAGCUGAAAUGAUUGAAACGCCAGGAGGUUAUCCCUUUGAAGAAAUUGACUACGGGGACCUUGAUGUUGAAGAGGUAGUUGGUAGAGGAGCCUUUGGUGUCGUCUGCAAGGCCAAAUGGCGAGGAAAAGACGUAGCGAUUAAGACAAUAGAAAGUGAAUCGGAAAGAAAAGCAUUCAGUGUUGAGCUUCGACAAUUGUCUCGUGUAAACCACCCCAACAUCGUGAAGCUGUAUGGAUCCUGUAAUAAUCCAGUUUGUCUAGUCAUGGAAUAUGCUGAAGGAGGUUCAUUAUACAAUGUGCUGCACGGUGCUGAACCUUUGCUCUGUUACACGGCUGCCCAUGCUAUGAGCUGGUGUUUUCAGUGUUCCCAGGGAGUGUCCUACCUGCAUGGAAUGAAACCAAAGGCUUUAAUUCACCGAGACCUCAAACCACCAAAUCUGCUGCUUGUGGCUGGUGGAACGGUUCUGAAGAUCUGUGACUUUGGAACAGCCUGUGACAUUCAGACACACAUGACCAACAACAAAGGGAGUGCUGCUUGGAUGGCACCGGAAGUGUUUGAAGGCAGUAAUUAUAGUGAGAAGUGUGAUGUGUUCAGCUGGGGGAUAAUUCUGUGGGAGGUAAUAACCCGCAGGAAACCCUUUGAUGAAAUCGGGGGGCCUGCCUUUCGCAUCAUGUGGGCUGUUCACAAUGGUACUCGGCCUCCGCUGAUCAAAAACCUCCCCAAACCCAUAGAGAGUUUAAUGACUCGCUGCUGGUCAAAGGACCCCUCACAGCGCCCCUCCAUGGAGGAGAUUGUCAAAAUAAUGACACAUCUUAUGCAGUAUUUUCCAGGAUCUGACGAGCCACUUCAGUAUCCUUGCCAAAAUUCAGAUGAAGGACAGAGCAACUCGGCUACCAGUACAGGAUCCUAUGUGGAUUACACCUCCACAAACACUAGUAACUUGAGUGAUUUAAAUAUGGAACCAGGAGACUUCCAGGCCAAUGCUACCAAUGAUACUAUCAAGCGAAUUGAAUCAAAGUUUGCACAACAGUUUAAACACAAGGGGGAUUCAGGUCGUAUGACUCUGCCACUAUCUCGAGGUGGCAGUGUGGAAAGCCUGCCAGAGGUCAGAGGCAGGCCUGUUACUUCUGCAGAGAACAAGAGGAUGAGUGCUGACCUGUCUGAACUGGAUCCAAGGAUACCAUUUGGAAAUACAGCAAGCAGUGAACAGCAGAGACAGAGAUCUGUUCAGGACCUUCCGGGAACUGGGACAGAAUCCAGUCAGGGGAGCAGAAACAGCAGCCGCUCAUCCAGUCCCAGUGUGAGGAUGAUAACACCUUCAGAAAAAGUAGCCAGGAGGUCAACUGAUGACUCUUCAGAUACCAGUGGUUCAGAUAAUCCCAUCCCAAUGGCAUACCUUACACUGGAUCACCAAUUGCAGCCACUUGCUCCUUGUCCAAACUCCAAAGAAUCCAUGGCAGUAUUUGAACAACAUUGUAAAAUGGCACAGGAAUACCUGAAAGUCCAAACAGAAAUUGCAUUGCUGCUACAGAGAAAGAAUGAGCUAAUAGCUGAACUGGACCAGGAUGAAAAAGACCAGCAGAACACGUCACGCCUGGUGCAAGAACACAAAAAACUACUGGAUGAAAACAAUAGUCUUUCCACGUAUUUCCAACAGUGCAAGAAACAGCUGGAGCUCAUCAGAGCCCAGCAGCCAAAGAGACAGGGCACGUCAUGAUGCCCGGGACGAGGCCUUCGCUGUCCCAGAGUCAUUCAGCAGAUAAAUGGACUGCUCAGCUUUUAUAAACUACCUUUUACAGGUGACUUGUUUUAUGGUUGAUUGGUGUGUUCUGGAAACCUAUACAUCUACAACAGCUUUUCACUUAUUUUAGUGAACUAUUGAACAAGGGGUUAAAAAACAUGGUUUGUAUGUUUGACCUGGUCAUCCAAAAAUGUGUAUUGAAUCGUAAGAGACCAAUGGGCUGGGGGAUGAAUGCAAGUGCACCAAUGCAACUGGGUUUCUUUUUUAUAUUAUUAUUAUUAUUAUUAUUAUUAUUAUUAUUAUUAUUAUUAUUAUUAUUAUUACUUUGUUGUACAUUUGGAAAUGGAGUAGACAUUUACAGAAAAUUUGUAUUUUCAUGUUGCAAGUUUGUAUGCAGACCACCAGAUGGUGUUACAGAAAUAUCCUAUUGGAAAAUUUGCAAUAAUGUAUUUGAAUAUUCAUAUUUUCUGUCCGCCACCUGCUGCUGCUAGUUAAUCUGUUUUGGAGAAAAGAAAAGUCGAACAGUGUUUUGAGUUAUAAUGACAAAAACUUUUUCAUUGCACUGGAAUUAUUUCUUUAUAAUGCAAGCCAGAUGAAGCAGCAAAGGGUGGUUCUAGAAGUGUUACCUUCUGGAGGUGGAGCAUGACACACUGGCAUUUAAAGAGGUACAACAGUAUAUCCACAAACUGUACGUCAUUGGGGGCGCUAGAGGGUGACGCACCUUUUUGCACAGAUUCAAUGUGAAAAGUCUGUUACAGAUUUUAGGUUAUCUGAAAAUGUCAAACUACCCAAAUGCUGCCUUACCGUUUUAAAUGAAUGGAGAAGUGCAGUUCAGUUUGUGCAUCGAAUUUCGCACGAUAGUCUGACUUACUGUUUGGAGCAGCGCAAACCUAAAUUCAAAGGAAAUGAACGUUUUUUUUUUGUUGUUUUGUGUUUUUUUUUUUUGUUUAAAACUAUCUUUCAGAAUUGAUUCCAAGCUGUUGAAAACAAUUCAUUAAGCUACGUCAAACAGGUAUUUCCUCUGAGCAAUUAUAUGUCAGCUUAGCAACCAAAACUGAAAAAUUCAAAAUCUUUAUACCAGAACUGCUUGUACAUGUGGGUCAUAAUUUGAAUUGGAAACUUGUCAUUACCAUUAACCAGCUACGCAAAUGUGAAUUUUAGAAUGUCUUUGAAACAUGCUGAAACAGUGGGCCGUUGAUAUGGGUUUUUCAGUAACGUCAGGUGCCAAAUUCUGUUAAUGAAACGUUGCUAUGGCUAGACUGUCAGCAGGAGGUCAAAUCGGGAUAAUGCUGCAAAGUAAUGAUGUCAUUAUUUAUUGUUUUAAUUCUACUUAGGCCACCCAUAUUCAGAAAAUGCACACACAUGAGAAACUGCAACCUGAAGUUAGGAUCAUGAGGUCUGCCUAUUUAUUCAAAUACUGUAACUGCAAACUUGUAUUCAAAUCAAUGUUCAGCAAUGUUUACCAAGCUUUCAGGUGUGUUUUUUUUUAUCAAGCGUUUUGUUCAUGUUGUACUUUAUAAUAACCUGGGUUGCAGGGGUGGGUUAUUUUACUAGAUUUGUCUGGUUUGCAUGUGUUUUCAACACAUGUCAUAGAUUUGGUUGUAUAUGUUGUCAGCACAUUCUGUGUAAAAUAUGGUAUAACUGACGUAUUUCAUGUAUAGCUGUAAGCUAUGUGGUUUGGACCACAAAUGCUUUUUUUUAGGUUUUGAUGAGUUCAGUUUUAAAUCUAUUUAAUAUGUACAUAAAAUGACAGAUUUCUUAAGAUAUGGGAAUGAAAAUGGUGAUACUGUACAACAAAGGAACCAUUAUGAAAUCAAAUAAAUAACUAAAAAAGCAAAGCUGUGAGAUU